AUCGGUGACCUGUCUCAGAGGUUCGACAAAAUCGAUCCUAAACCCGGACACGGUCUGCAGAAUGCACGGGUCCCCUGUAAUGGCCUUGUGUUGGGAUAUCAUCACUGUGAGCGGAGAUUUGAAGGGCGGCUAUCGGCGACACCACUACAGAGUCAUUUGGGAAGUAAAGGAGGAGACCGAAAGUAA